AUGACCUCCCAGCCCCUCCAGGGACCCCCGCUGCCCCCUCUCCUGCUGCCUAGCUUCCCUGGUGCUGCCCUGCUCCUGACCUCACCCGACGUCCCCGGGGGCAAGCUCAUUGUCAAGCUGAAGCCGGAGGGGGCCCAGGAGCCGCCCCGGGCACAGACCAUCAUCCUGACGGGGGCGCCAGCGGGCUGGCCCCCCCUGCGGCGGGACGGGGCCCCUGUCCGGCUCCAGCUGGCUGCCGGGAUAAGGACCGUCCUGCUGAGCAAAGCCAGGGAGGAACCAGGGCCCAGGGAAACCCCUCCAGCCCGGGCACCCCCCACCAGCGACCCCUCCGCCUCCUGCACCUCCAAGGGUGUCUACGAAAACUAUCGGCGCUGGCAGCGCUACAAAGCCCUGGCUAGACGGCACUUCCCGGGCACGCCCGACGCCGAGGCGCUGGCCUGCUUCUUCAUCCCCGUCUUGCGGUCGCUGACCCGCCUGCGCCCCGAGCUGGCUCUGGAGGAGGGGGUGCCACGUGCCGUGCAGGAAUGGGAGCGCAGCAGCAACUUCGAGCGCAUGAUCUUCUACGAGAUGGCUGAGAAGUUCAUGGAGUUCGAGGCCGAAGAGGAGCUGCAGAUCCAGAAAAUGAAGCUCCUGAGUAGCUCCCAAUUCCAGCCCCCACCCACCGACCCUCCCAAGCUUCCCGGCCCACCAGCCCUCGAUGCUGGCCAGCAGCAAGUGUACAUCCCCAAAAAGGCAGCAUCCAAGGGGCGCCAGCCCAGGCGCCGUCAGCGCCGCCUGCCCGGCCCGGUGGCCCCAGGGGAGCCACGGGAGAUCCCGCCUGAAGCCGUGCGGCAGUACGCUGAGAUCAUGGAGGGGCUGCGGCCCAGCUGGGAGGAGGAGGCCGGCGGGCGCGGCGAGCCCCAGAGCCAGGCACAGGGGACACUCCCAGACCCCGCACUACUGCAGUACGUCGAGCAGCUCUGUGAGGACGAGAGCUUCGUCUGCAAGGUGGAAGCCGUGAUCCACCCCCAGUUCCUGGCCCAGCUGCUCUCUCCAGAGAAGAGACGCGACCCCCUGGAUCUCAGCGAGGAGCUGGAGCAAGAGCUGGGACUCACCCCAAGCCAGCUGGUUGAGAAACGUCUCCUAGCCCUCUCAGAGGAUGAGCUCAGCCCCCCAGCAUGCCCAGGCCCCCAUUCGGACUCCACCCCCUCCCAGUCCGAAGAGGAGGAUGAAGGCAGCAGCCAAAAGGGACCGGCCAGCCGUCGGCAGGCCAUGAGCGGAGCCUCACCCCCCAGGGGCAGCGGGGCCAAGGGCGGGGCUCUGGGUGGCCUGAAGGGACCUACUCAGGCCCGGGCAGCUUCAGAGGCUGAGUCCAGUUGCCGAGCAGAGCCAGAAUGGAGAUUUGCAAUAGAGAUGGGGUCAAGACAGCCUCACCUCCAAGAUGGUGGCAACAGUGAAGGCAAUGGAGUCAAAACCAUGGCCGGACCUGGAGAUCCAGAACAAUGUGAGGCAGGAGCUACCAGGGGCUGUGGCAAUGGGACCAGUUCAAGGGAUGAUGGAAAGGAGGCGGGAGAGGCCAGUUCAGCCAUGGGCGAUGGCCCUUCCAAGAUGGCCACAAUUGCCAGCUCAGAAUUUCCCCCGGGGGGCAUGGAGGAUGCUGGGAAACAUGAUGAUGAUGAGGAAGAUGAUGAAGAACUGUCCAUUUUUUCCUCUCUGCUGGCAUCGAAACUCCAUCUCUCCAGUCCCGAGGAACCUGUUGGCUCUGUCCCUGCCCUGAGGGACCGAGUGGGGCCCCACAGCAGAGCCCUCUCCCCGACUUGGGAGACAGUGAGAUGGGAUCCCAUGAGGAGACGCUCCACACGGCUGUGCCCAGAUGGGUCACAUGCCAUGGACACUGGCGUUCGGCUCAGCCAUAAGAGGAGGAGCAACAAUAUGGCCGCCAGGAGGAGCAAGCGCCUGCGCAGCCAAUGA